ACGUGUCACAGAAUAAAAUUAGCUACUUUCCUUAACUUGCCCGAAUGAUAAUUUUGUGCGAAGAAAAAUCACUGAUAAAACCCUCCCUCUUUCUCUCUGUACCAAAGGAAUCAUCUUCAGAAGUUUUCGGUUGAUUUGCCUCUGCGAUUACUCUCCAUGUCGAUCAGAACAGUGAAAGUUAGCAAUGUUUCCUUAGGAGCAACAGAGCAAGAUAUAAAGGAGUUCUUUUCUUUUUCUGGUGAUAUUGAUUAUGUCGAAUUGCAUAGUGAAACUGAGCGGUCUCAAAUCGCAUAUGUUACCUUCAGAGAUCCACAAGGGGCAGAGACUGCUGUUCUUCUUUCGGGGGCUACUAUAGUUGAUCAGUCAGUCGUAAUAGAACUGGCUCCAGAUUACAAACUGCCUGCUGCUGCUUCAGUCCCCACUACUCCAACAGAGAAGACAACUGCACCUGGUCGUGAAUCUGCUAUACAGAAGGCUGAGGAUAUUGUAAGCAGCAUGCUUGCUAAGGGCUUCAUUCUAGGAAAAGAUGCCCUCAACCAGGCAAAGGCUUUUGAUGAGAAGCACCGGUUCACAUCAACUGCCACCUCUAAAGUUGCUUCUUUGGAUCAAAAGAUUGGUUUGAGUGAGAAAAUUACUGCCGGCACAGUCCUUGUAAAUGACAAAAUGAGGGAAGUGGAUGAGAAGUUUCGAGUUUCUGAGACAACAAAAUCAGCCAUUGCAGCUGCUGAGCAGACAGUCAGUAAUGCUGGAUCUGCUAUAAUGAAGAACCGUUAUGUUUUAACUGGGGCUUCAUGGGUCACCGGUGCAUUCAAGAGAGUAGCUAAGGCAGCAGGGGACGUGGGGCAGAAGACAAAAGAGAAGGUUUCGGCUGAAGAGGAACAGAGUCGAAGAGCAGAAGGUUACACCCAAAUUCAUGAGUCUUACUCUCCAAAUAUGAGUGAGCAGAUGUCCAAGAGCCCACAUUAAUGAGAUUUGGUCUUUUAUUUAGGCGAAGUUUAUGUAGAUAUCUUCAUAUGGAGUUUGGAUCUGAGCAUGUGAACAUUACCUGUGCUUUCCUAAUAUUUUGGAAAUGGUUGGUGCAUGGCUUUGUCGAACUCGCCAGGCAUAUUUGUGAUGAAAAAAAACAGCAGUUUUUUUUUUGUUUAUCUCUACGUGAUAUUGUUAUGAACUAACUGUUUUGGGGGGUCAUAAUUAAAGAUUUCAGCUAAUUUCCCUGUA